AUGCUCUCCCCCAUCUACGCAAACCUCUUCGACAGAGAUCACGUCCCAGCCUACAUCUCACAUGGCCACGACGACAAACAAGCAGUCUACCCAGAAACCCAACAACACGUUCCCCAAAGCAACCCCUCGCUCCCCAUCGACGUGUUCGCUCUCAUAAGCAAAGUCCCCUCGGCACCGCCUACACCGCCACCCCGUCCGCGUCCCGGGCCAUUAGGUCCCCGCCCGGACGUUCCUACGCCUCCUCCAAGCCCGUAA